AUGGUGGUCCUGGUGGUGGUCCGGAGCUGCCACAUGGUCACACCCACCAACUGUUACCUGGUGAGUCUGGCCACCGCGGACCUGCUGGUGCUCCUGGCUGCUGAAGUGCCCACCGUGGCCGAGGCGGCAUCCACUCGGGUUUGGGUCUUCGGCCACGCAGGCUGCCUGGGCAUCACCUACCUGCAGUACGUGGGCAUCAACGCGUCCAAGGUGGAGCGCUACCUCGCCACCUGCCGUCCUCUGAGCGCCCAGGCUCUGUCCACCGCGGCACGGACCAAGCACACUGCAGCGCUGGUGUGGCUGGACACCGGCGCCUACGCGCUCUGGCUCUUCCUGGUGGACACGCGCGAGACCGUGUGAGCCGACGGCGUACAGGAGCAGGGCGGCUACCGCGUGUCACGUCUCUACCCGCCCGUCUAUUUCCCGGACUUUGCUCUCUUGUACGCGCUGCCCCUGGGCCUGGCCACCGUGUCCUAUGCACUCAUAGCACGUGUCCUCCUCGCGGGGCCGCUGCCUCCUGGUGACUGGGGACGAUCGGGCUCUGUGCACCAGGGCGGCCCCGCUGGCCAAGGGCGCUUCUCCUCCCGCGGCAGGAGGGGUGACCUCAACUCCCGAAAGCAGGUCACCAAGAUGCUGGCUGUGGUGGUCGUCCUUUUUGCUCUGCUGUGGUUGCCCUAUCCCACCCUGGUGGUGGUGAAUUCCUUCCUGAGCCCGCCCUACCUCAACCUCGGCUUCCUUCUCUUCUGCUGCCUUUGCAUCUAUGUGAACAGCGCAGUCAACUCCAUCAUCUAUGCCCUCAUGUCCCAGCGAUGCCGGGAGGCCUUCCAUGGACUAUUUCAGUGCUGGCUGGCCGUGCCCCAGCUUCCGCCCCAGGAGGCCACCCCUGUUUACUACAGUGUCAUCGAAGACUGUUCCCAGCACAGACUGGGCUCUUGGAAGGAACAAGGAAGUGUGAUGCCCAGGCAGGGAGGGGAUCCUGGCACAUCAGGGCAAGGCCCACCCUCUUGCCCCUGCUGAGGUGAAGGGGUCUCCAUGCAU